GUUACUUCAGACUCAAGUCACCCAAGAGUCACUAUGAAUAACAAUAAGACAGCAAUCCCAUUCUCAUUCAUCUCUUUGUUCCUUCUAGUCUCGGCUGCUGCGGUAACAACCGGGGCAGAAGUAAAACACGUCAAAGACACAAAUGGAAACCCAAUUCAGAGACAGAGCCAAUACUAUAUCCAACCAGCUUCAGGCAAGAAAGAAGGUGGUUUUGUCCCAACAAGCAUUGAUUUAGCCCAUUUGUGUCAGUUAGGUAUUGUCCAAACACACCUUCCAUUUCAACCAGGCCUACCUAUUACUUUCUCUACUCCAUUUUUCGACAGAGACAAUGAUGUAUCGAUAAACACCAACCUAACAAUCGCUUUCGAGUCACUGAUCUGGCCAUGCCCUUCCUCAAAGAUAUGGAAAGUUGAAUCCUCCUCGUCGUGUACCAACAAGCGUUAUAUAACGAUCGGUGGUAGCUCUAACAGGAAAGAUAGCUUUUUUAGGAUUCAGAAAUAUGGAAACGAACAAAAUACUUACAAGCUCGUUCAUUACCAGAGUUACUCGGCUAUAAACGGUAUUAAGAGUGUUGGUGCCACCACCAGCUUUUACGGUGGCCCCAUACUUGUUCUUAACGAUGAUGAUGACGAUAACAAUGCCUUUCCAGUUAAGUUCCAUAAGGUUGAGACAUCCACGGAAAAUUUAUUUCAGAAUUUUAGUCUAAGUAUGCUUCUGAGACUGGUGUUUAAUAUGUUGGAAAAUAAUGGGUAG